GCAUUUCCUCGUGUGCCUGCAAACUCCUUUCAGGCGGUUUUUCGCCGACCUUUUAGGCAGAACUCAAACUCUAUCCGUCCCACCAGCUGGACCGAGGGAGCUGUUGGCAACCAGCCGGCUCGCCAUCCAUCCAUCUCUUAUGGUAACGCAUAUCAGCAUAUCCGGCCUCCUCCGCAGCACCAGCGGCCGAAGACGGCCUGCCUUCCUGCAGCCCAGCGAUCUCCGCUUACUCGUGCGGUCAGCGGUGUCGCUGACAAGGGGAACAGUUGUAACGGCAACCAACCGACUCUGAAUGCUACCGCAUCAGUGAAAACUGGGCUGCCGACUGGGGACACAACAGACUUUAAUGGAUCUGCUCUAUGGACCCUCCGUCGUUGCAUCUUCGACUACGGUACCGACGAAUCCUCUUUCCCCUCU